AUGGCUCUCUUGCGCCUGCUGAUAUUGGCGGCGACCACACUACUUUUUACACACAAAGUGGAUGCUGACCGCGACUCUCAUGGUGGAAGACAAGGUGGAGGAAGGGAUGGAAGACUGAGGAGUGGAGACGACAUCGAUGGUGGAUAUAGCUUAAGUGGAAGGGGUACUGGAGGAGGUGGAAGAGCUGUUCAUGAAGGUGGAGUAAGUGGAUUUGGAGAUGGUCACAGAGGUGGACGAGGAGAAAGUAGAGAAUUUCGAGGAAACGGAGAAUUCGGUGGAGGAAACUUGGAUGGAUACAAUGGAGGUGGAGGUGAAAGUGGAGGAAGUGGAAUCAUAAGCAUACUUCACGCAGGAGAAGGUGGAUUUGAGAGUGAAAGAAGGAGUGGAUUCAUAGGAGGUAACGGAUUGGAGAGUGAAUUUGGCGAAAGUGGAAGAGUCGACUUUGGCGGAGGCAGCAGUGACAAUGGAUACAGUGGAGACAUUGGUGGAAGAGGAGGAGAAAGUGGAUUCGAAUUUCACGAAUUUGGAAGAGGACUUGGUGAAGGGAACAAGAAAGGUGGAAGAGAUGGAAGUGGAUUUGAAGGUCAUGCAGGUGGAGGAGGCGGACGUGGAUUUGUAGGAGACGACAGGGAUGCAAGUGGAGUUGGUGGAGGCAGCAGGGACGGUGAUUACAAUCGAAACUCCGAUGGAAGAAGUGGAUUUGAGGGCGAUGUUCGAGGCGGAAUAGAAAGAUUUGGAUUUGGAGAGGAAGAAACAAGUGGAUUUAGUGGAAGCAUCAGUGGUCAUGGAUUCAGUGGAAGUGGCAGUGGAGGAGGUGGAAGAAGUACAAAAGAAACGGGAUUCGGAAAGCAUAAAGGGGGAGAAGGUGAAAGUGGAUUUAACAGAGGAAUCAGCGACGGUGGAGAAAGUGGAAGAAAUAACAGAGGUAGAGGAGAGGGUGGAUACGGCAGCAGCGGAGCAGAAGUAAGUGGAUUUAGAGACGGGCACUUGGGUGGAGAAGUAAGUGGAAUUGGAGGCCAUGCAGGUGGAAGAGCAAGUGGAGGAAGAAGUCAUGAAGGUGGAAGAGCAAGUGGAGGAAGAAGUCAUGAAGGUGGUGAAAGAGGCAGAGGAAGUGGAUUUGGUGGAGGUAGCGACAGUGGAUAUGAAGAAAGUGGAGUAGGAAUAGAAAGUGGAAUUAGUGGAAGUGGUGUUGAUGGAGGAAGAUUUGGUGGAAGCGAUGUAGGCGGAGGGAAAUUUGGUGGAAGUUCCGUAGGUGGAGGAGGUCACUCGAGUGGAGCCUUUGAUAGUGGAUUUAAAAGAGGGCAUGUAAGUGGAUUUGGUGGAGGCAGUGGUAUUGUUGUUGGAUCCAUUGAAGGCAGAAGUAAUGUUGAAUACACUGUGGGCGGCGUUAUUAACGUGGGAGGUGGUUCUGCAGGUGGAAUUGGAUUUAGUGGAAGCACAGGUGACAGUGCACAUACCGCUGGUGGAGGAGGUGGAGGGAGAAAGUUAGGGGGAGAAAGCAGUUUCGAUGAGAGCAGAGGAAGUGGAUUCGGAAGAGGUGAAGGAGGUGGAUUUAGUGGAGGGAAAAACUAUGGUGGAUACAGAGGAGGGAGUGAGGGAACAAGUGAAUUUGGAGGAGGUCACGUAAGUGGAGGAGAAGUUAGUGGAUUUGAGAGUCACUCAGGCACGGAUAGAGAAAGUGGAUUUGGAGAGGGCCAUUCAAGUGGAGGAAUAACAGGUGGAUUUGGAGAUCAUGUGGAUGGUGGAAGAGGAAUCGCUGAAGUGAGGAGUGAGAGUGGACAUAGUGGAGGCGACAGUGGAGGGGGAAUAACAGGCUUUGACGAAAUUUCAGGAGGUGGAGUAGGAGUAAGCAGUCAUGGAGAUGGUGGAUAUAUUGGAGGUGGAGGUGGAGAGGGAGGGAGUGGAUUCGUAGGAGGAAAUCCAGGAAGUGGAGGUGGAGGAGGAGGUCCAGAGAGUGGAGGCGAUAUUAGUAGCUUCGAUGGGAGCGGAGGCGGAGGCGGAGUAGUAGGUGGAGACACGAUCGACGGCGGAUACAAUGCAGGAAGCGUCGGAGGAGGAGGAGGAGGAGUAAGUGGAGGUUUCGGUGGCGGUGAGAUCAGCGGCGUCUUGGGAGGGAGUGGAAAUAUCCUCUCCGGAGUGUUCGUCGGGAGCGGAGUACUCCACGAGAAGAGGCGGAGAGGCAGGUUUGGAUUCCUGUCUGCCGGUGGCCAAAGCGUGGGCAGAAGUCCCAGCGGAGAGAGUGGCCACAGCAGAAGUGAUCAUGACGGCGGCGUCGCGGGAGGUGCCGGGAAAUAUGUCGACGGAGGCAAUGGAGGUGUCCUGAGCAGCGGAGGAUCUCACAGCACUGGUGGAGACCACGGGAUCGCUAGAGGCCACAGUGAUACUGGCGCGAGAGACAACUACGACAACAGCAGUAAUGAUAAUAGUUUCACAAAGGGUGGGAGCCAAAGACACACCGGGGGCCACAGUAGCACUGACAGCCAUAGCACUUCCGGCGGCCACAGCAGCGGGGGGAGUAACGGCGCCCAUAACAGCCGCAACAGCAUUACUGACCUCAGCGACAGUACUACCGGUGGCAGGGGAAGCAACAGCGCAUAUGACAGCAGCAGCGGUGGAAGCCUUGGCAGCAGUAGCAGAACCCACAGAUUUGUCGUUAGGUUCAGUGACAGCAGGCUGGGAGGUAACAGCGCCUAUGACAGUAGCAUCAGCGGCGGCGGCAGCCACUUCAGUCAUGAUAAUAGUGACUAUAAUAGAUAA